UUUACGAGAAAGCGUACAUUCGCUAACCGUGCAUCAACAUGAAGGUUUUGGUAUUCUUUGCGCUAGUGGCUUGUUGCUGUGCCGUCAGCACUUUAAGCGUCGGUGUUUUAGUGGACGACGAUGGUGGCAUCAAUCUCCUGAACACCAAAUACGAAAUUAAUAUCAGAAGAAGUUUAAGCAACCCAAAGAGACUCACAGUCACACUCAAGCAAGGUUCCACAAGUAAAAUUGUAUACGACUUGGAUGAACCCAUCACCAAUAAGAAUGUAGACAUCAGAAAUAUUUUGGACACCAAAUACAUCAAGAACUUGGGAGAAGUUUACACCCAGAUGGAUGUUUUGGAUGGUAUUUUCAGCCAAUAUGAUGUAGUAGAUUCAAUGACCUACGGUAAAAUCAUGAAGAUGAUCAAACUGUUGGUUCAAAAUGAUGUCUUACAUCCAAAGGUCCUAUCCGUAUUGAGCAUGUUGGAUAACCAAAUGGUUGAAGAACCCAUGAUGACCAUGUAUGACACCAAAAAUGUCAUGAAGAAAGACUUGAAACCUGAAGUGAUGACCAAAGAUGUUGUUAUUCCUCUUAAAGAUGGAAUUGAAGUUAUGCAUGAAGUUAGUGGUGUCGUUCCGGUUGAAGAAGCAGAAAACGAAUUAAGAAGGAUGCAAAUGCACAUGAAUGGUAUGGAAGUUCAACAAUACUGGAACAUGAACCAAAAUGUUAUGGAAACCAUGACCCCAAUGCAACGCUUAUUAAUGCGCCUUCAACAAGUCAGACAAAAUCAGUACCAAGGAAAUAUGAUGGAAGAACAAUACUAUCCAGAAUAUAUGCUCUCACAAAGAUACAUGAACCCCGAGUACUACCAACAAAUGUCUUAUCAACCAAGAAUGGAACAAAUGUACCAACAAAACCAAAUGAGUCCAUUGGCCCGCUUUAUGCUUAACAUCAGACAGCCACAAAUGCAGGAACAACAAAUGUCAAUGAUGGACCAAAUGGUACGUGAUCAGAUGUACCCCCAACAAUACCAACAAUAUAUGAACAGAGUUCCCUUACAAAUGAUGAUGAACUCAGAAAUGAUGGACAGACGUAUGAUGAACAUGCAAUCAAUGAUGGACAACAACAUGAUGUCCCAAAACAUGAUUAACCAAAGAAUGAUGGAAAAUAAUAUGAUGCCCCAACACAUGAUGAACCAAAAAAUGAUGCAACCAGACAUGAUGAUGAAUAACGAAAUGAUGAACGAAAAAAUGAUGAUGCCCCAACACAUGAUGAACCAAAAAAUGAUGCAACCAGACAUGAUGAUGAAUAACGAAAUGAUGAACGAAAAAAUGAUGAUGCCCCAACACAUGAUGAACCAAAAAAUGAUGCAACCAGACAUGAUGAUGAAUAACGAAAUGAUGAACGAAAAAAUGAUGAUGCCCAUGAUGAUGAGCAAAAGAAUGUUGGGACAACAAAUGAUGAAUCAAAAAAUGAUGGCCCCUAACAUGAGGAUGAGAAGAGAAAUGAUGUCCGAACACGAAGUUCCACAAAUGAUGAACCAAAAAUUGAUGCAACCUGAUAUGAUGAUGAAUGAAAAAAUGAUGGAACCUGAAAUGAUGAAUCAACAAAUGAUGGUCCCAAACAUGACGAUGAGAAGACAAAUGAUGACCGAACAAGGAGUUCCACAAACAAUGAACGAAAAAAUGGUGGCCCUCAAAAUGAUGAUUAAUAAUAACAUAAUGAAAGAAAAAAUGAUGAAACGUGAAAUGAUGAACAAAAAAAUGUUGGAAGACCAAAUGAUAAACCAACAAUUAAUGAUGACAAGAAAAAUGAUGGCUCAAAAACAAGUACCCCUAAUGAUGAAAGAAAUUGACCAGCAAAUGAUGAAUGAAAAAAUGAUGAACAAAGAAAUGAUGAACCAAAGGAUGAUGUCUGAUAAAAUGACCAAUAUGGAGAUGAUGAAACCGAUGCUAAUGAACGAAAGAAUGAUGUACCAAACUCGCAUGAAUACUAUGGAAAUUUAAUAAUACAAUUAAUUAGAAGUAUUUUUUAUUUAUUUUACAUUCAAUAUUAUUAUUCAAACGAGUAUAUUAAAUAAAACACUAUUUUUAUAA